AUGUCAAAAUUGGAAACGCUAGCAAGAAAGAGAGCUCUGGAGAGACAAGCUUCGGCCACUCCCUCCUCCUCUGAUAUUUCGUCAGCCAGCAUUUCUGCUUCGAAUAGCAGUAGCUCAUUGCUAGAUAGAUUAAAGAACAAGAAGAAAACCCCAACCAUAGAGACAAGUUCAAUGACGUUGGCUGAAAAGUUAAAACUAAAGAAACAAUCACCUGCAUAUUCUCCAACUUUACAUGAAGUGAAGCGGGAUAGCACUUCUUCACAUGAGAGCAAACCUUCCGUACUUCAAAAAACCUUACCCAAUGCGCCUUCUGUAAACUCUCUCAGCUCAAAACUUAUGGCAUUGAGAAAACAAGGUAGAUCUGAUUCAUCUAUACCGAGUGGCUUAUCAUCUCUGCAACGGCCUGAAACUUUACCACCUGAAUCUGCAACAGAAAGCAAACAAAUCAAAAUAAAGGAAAGUGAAGAGCUUUUAUCUAUAAAAGCUGAAGUACAAAAGUUCAAAUUGCUGCUUGAGGAGAGGGCAAAUAUUGCUAAACGACAACAUAGGCCUUCAAAGUACAAAAUAGAGCUGAUUACUAGUCGAUCAUAUACUUCAAAGGCACAACACGACAAUGAGAAUGAACUUAAAAGAAAUUCAGAUAAUGUUUUCGGUGUUUUUCAUCCAAGAAGUAAAAAGAACAAGAUUGCUGAGAAUUUCAAGAAGCCAAGUCCUGAUGACAUCAUUUUAAUGGCGCAAGAGAAAGCUUUUGACGAAAUCAACGAUAAAGUAUCAAAACUAAAUGUUAUAGAUGACAUAACUCAAGUUGUUCAAUUUAAACAGGUCCAGAUACCGACUGAGCCAAUUGUGUCUGUUAAUAUGAUGGAAUAUCUCAGAAAGUAUAAUCCGAGAUUGAAUGUAAUAAUGUGUGGCCAUUCUAAGUCUGGUAAAUCUACAAUAUUGGGACGCAUACUUCAUGAUCUAAGAUGUAUUAGUAUAGAAAAAAUAAGAGACCUGAAGAGGCAAAUUGAGAAACGUGAUCCCUUAGCGGAUUCAAAUUUGUACUUAUCCUGGAUAACAAACACCUCUGACGAUGAGAGAAGACUUUCGAAAACGUUGCACGUACACAAAAAAGAGUUCAACAUUUCUGAUAAACAUACUUUUAGGAUGGUUGAUAUACCAAGUGAUCGAAAAUUCUCAUCAAGUGUUAUUCCAUAUUUAUGGAAUAGUGACGUAGCGAUAUUGGUGAUUGAUUGCAGUAUUGAUGGAUUCGAAAUAGGAUUUAGUUUAGAUGGUCAAACGUUGGAGCAUGCUAAGAUGAUAAAAAGUGAACCUCAUAUUAAAAAUGUAAUUAUUUUAAUGAAUAAGAUGGACACAAUUGACUGGUAUGAAACUAGAUACAUUGAAAUAAAGAAUGAAUUGAUUGCAUUUCUGCUUAAUAUUGGAUUCCAAGGGGACCAAUUAUCAUGGAUACCCUGUGAUGGUACCACAGGUCAUGGUAUUACUCAACAAAACUCAUCAAUUACAUGGUACAACGGACCUAUUCUCCUUGAUGUACUUAAGAGUUUUAGUGAUUCAACUUUAGAUCAGAUAAAGUCAAGGAUAAUAGAUGAUGAACUUGUAUUGCAAAUAAGUCAAACAGAGUUAUCGAAGCAAUUGAUCUAUGGGAACAUAUUAUCAGGUUCAAUUCAGCCCGGUGAGACCAUCACGAUAUACCCAUCAAGACAAAGUGUUACCAUUAGUAAAAUAAUGUCGUUAAAAGAAGAAAAACUAGUGCAAAGGAGAAUAAGCACUGUUGGAGAAUCAGUUGUUUUGAAGAUUUUGAAUGGGGACAAAUUAAAUGGUGUUAUUGUCGGGGAUUAUGUAAGCGGUGUAACCAAAAAAGUUUCAGUUCUUGGAGUAACUGGUAUCUUCAGAUUGAAAAUGUUCGAUAACUUGGAUUUAGCAGUUGGAUCUAGGAUGGUGAUGAUAAAAGGCUUUUUUGAUAGAAAAGUUAAAAUCUUGAAAAAGGUUGAUAAGUUUACCUUUGAAGUGGAGCUAAUUGAUAAAACCCAUUGUUCAAUGCCAUUUUUUCCUGAAGAAGAUGAUAAGUUGGAUUUAAAUAAUGUAAUUUUGUUGCAAAAUAAUAGAAUUAUGGGAUCAGCUAAACUCAUUGAAUGA